CAAACUUUGUGGAAAAUGUCACAGUCUACUUCAGAUAAACAUAAAGAAAUUCCUUCAAUCGCACUUUCAGAUCUUUCAAAAUAUUUUCACUUUAGUUGCGAUAAAUUGAUAUCGAAUAUCUUGAAUUACAAACGAAAUACGGAUCAUUCAGCAUUAAAGAAGGCUUUAAUAAGUCGUUUAAAAGAAAUUAAACAAAAUAUCUUCAAUGAAUUAAAAGAUAACAUAAUUGAUCAUAGUGAUACAGAACCCUCUGAAAUCCGUAAAAUUUUGGAGAAUGUUCAAGUAGGGCAAUUCUUAUAUCGAUUAAAAUUCGAGGUAUCAGAUGACUUAUACGAUGAAUUAAAAAUCAGAGAAAUCGUUAGAUUAAAAGCCUUUAUUCCUGAUUUCGUGGAAGUUAUUGAGGAGGAUGGUGAAAAACGUUUAAUUAUAUGGGAUGCCAAUGCAUCAAAAGAAGCACGCUUUUCUUAUCAGUUCAAAGUCGCUUCAUACGCUUUUCUUUUAGAUAACAUAAUCAAAAGCAAAAGGAUGCGUGGAGUUUCAAUUUCUCGAUCAGGAGGAAUAUUUUUAUAUUCAUCCGAAGAAUUAAAACGUCAAACAUUCCGUAUAGAUUUCUUAUUUCCGAAAGUUGAACGAUUUUUACAAACCGAUCUUCCACGGAUAGCGUCAGCUUCGGAAGUUUCAUGGCCUUAUAAUGUUCGUUGUAAAAAUUGUGAAUUUGUAAAUGAUUGUCGUAAAGAAGCGGAAGGAGCAAUAUCUAUGAUCCCAUAUUUAUCAAUAGAAAAUUCAUCAUACCUGAAACGUGUCAUUCAAAAUGAGAAAUCUAAGAGCAAAUUAUUGAAGGAAAAUGUUGUAGACAUUGAAGAUUUGUCUAAUCAUAUUAGUAAACUUAAU